AUGAGCGUACGUACAUGGGAUCAUGUAUUUCCUGCUCUGAGUGCCGCGGGCUUGCGAAUCGUACUGUUGGACCAUCGUGGUUGUGGCCAGUCAGAUAAAGACUUCGCAGAUAUGAGUAUCGAUGCCAUCGCGUCUGAUUUAGUUGCGCUGAUUGACCUGUUAGCGCUUGAAAAAGCUGUCCUUAACGGUUGGUCCCUGGGCGGAGCGGUGGUGGUUGAAGCUGCAGCCAGGCUUGGCGAGCGGUGCAGUGGUCUUGUUCUGACCAGCGGGGCUACACCUGUCUAUGUCGAAAAACCUGACUUUGCCCAUGGUGGUACGCAAGCCGACAUGUCAGCUACCCUGGCGGCGCUAUCCACAGAUCGGGUUAACUUCCUGCACGGUCUGUCACAAAUUAUCUGCGCAACCGAUGUGGGCGCGCAUAUUGAAAACUGGUUCUGGCAGAUUUUCCUCCAAUCCUCUCCUGCAGCCAGCGCCACCCUGGCGGAGCUGGCGACGCUCGAUCAACGCGAUAUGUUGAAGUCGCUGGACCUGCCCAUCCUGUCUUUUGUCGGCUCCGAGGAUAGUUUUGUAGCGCCGCCCAUCUGCCGCUGGGUGGAUGAGCAUCAUUCUCAGGCGCGUGUGAUUGAGUUUGACGGGGUUGGCCAUGCGCCGUUUAUCGAGGUCAUGAGCAAGUCGGUUAAUUUCGGUCUCUGGUAUGACUUUCGUAAUCCCGCCGCAUGGCUUGAACCCUUUGAACAGUUCUACGAGCGACGCCUGGCUCAGAUAACUCAAGCUGAGGGUAUGGGUUUUGAUUCAGUCUGGCUCACCGAGCACCAUUUCUGUGAGGAUGGUUAUACACCUUCCCCAUUGGUGCUGGGCGCGGCGAUUGGGGCGCGUACCGAGCGCAUGCGUAUCGGUACUAACCUCAUGUUACUGCCGCUGCAUGAUCCAGUGCGUAUCGCCGAAGACAGCGCAACGCUGUCGUUGUGUACCGGCGGACGAUUUGAUCUUGGUGUGGGUAUUGGCUACCGCGAGCUCGAGUUCGAUCAGUUUCAGCGCAAACUAUCCCAUCGACCUUCACUUAUGGAGGAGGGUAUCGAAGUGGUACGGCGCUGCUGGAGUGGGCAACCGGUGAACUUUUCAGGCAAACGUUUCAAUGUCGGCAACCUCCCCGUCACACCUGCUCCGGUGCAUGCACCCAAAAUACUGCUUGGCGGUAUGGUCGAGCCAGCGAUUGACCGUGCGACCCGCAUUGCCGAUGGCUUUCUGUGCACCGGCGGCAUCGGUCUGGAUCUAUAUGUCCAGGCACUUGCGCGGCAUGGCAGAGCACCUGACGAGGGUAAUGUGAUGCUGGGCUGUUGGGCCAUCAUCGCUGAAGACCCGGAGGCAGAGGCGGCUCGGCUCGGUGAACAUGUGCUUUAUCAGACCAACGAAUACAUAAAGUGGGGCGCUUUUGGCCCGCCGGAUCAGACUCCGCUGUUUGAAGACGCGCCAAGCGCGAUCGAAAAUGGUCUUUACGAACUAUGGGAUGCUGAUACUGCGGUUCAAAAAUUGAGUGCGCUGAUGAACGACUAUCCGAUGAUUCGAGAUAUCCACUUCUGGGCUCAGUUCCCGGGUGAGUCCGUGGAGUCCGGUACGCAACGUAUGCGUUAUAUUGCUGAGAACGUUCUACCGCGCUUGCGCAGAUCCCGAUAA